UGUGGAGCGGCACUGGUACAAACUGUGGGAAGUGCACGCACAGGAAGGAGACCAGGACUCCAGCACCUUCCCUGGCUAUAUCAGUAAUGCUAGCUCUUUGAAGAUGAGGUAAACGGGCACCUGAAAGAGGGACUGGUGGAAGGUGAGGACUAUGUGCUGCUCCCAGAGGCUGCUUGGCAUUACCUGGUCAGCUGGUAUGGCCUAGAGCAUGGCCAAACUCCCAUUGAACGCAAGGUCGUGGAACUGCGUGGCAUUUAUAAGGUCGAGGUGUACCCAAUAGAACUGCUGCUUGUCCAGCACAGUGAUAUGGACACACCUCACACUGCUCAGUUCAGCCGCACAGAUUCUAUUGACCUAGUUUCACACACAGACCGAGAGCAGUUUCUAGUGAGCCCUCAGGAAGAGACACGGCUUUGGGUCAAGAACGCGGAGGGUUCUUUUGAGAGAUUGUGCAACACACGAGUCACAGUGCUUGACGCUGUUCUCAAUUCUGGGCAGUUGGUCGUCAUGGAGACCCGAAGCAAGGAUGGCACUUGGCCCAGCAAACAGCCACGUGCUGUGAGCAGCACAUCGAAGGAGGAUGAGAACUUCCAGGGCCAGCCAGGCAUCUGUGGUCUCACCAACCUGGGCAACACGUGCUUCAUGAACUCGGCCCUGCAGUGCCUCAGCAAUGUGCCACAGCUCACUGAGUACUUCCUCAAAAACCGCUACCUGGAGGAGCUCAACUUCUGCAACCCUUUGGGCAUGAAGGGUGAAAUCGCAGAGGCCUAUGCGGACCUGGUGAAGCAGGCUUGGUCUGGCCACCACCGCUCCAUUGUGCCCAAUGUAUUCAAGACCAAGGUUGGCCACUUUGCAUCCCAGUUUCUGGGCUACCAGCAGCAUGACUCACAGGAGCUGCUGUCAUUCCUCCUGGAUGGGCUGCAUGAGGACCUCAAUCGGGUCAAGAAGAAGGAAUAUGUGGAGCUGUGCGAUGCCGCUGGGCGGCCUGAUCAUGAGGUUGCUCAGGAAGCCUGGCAGAACCACAAACGGCGGAACGAUUCUGUGAUCGUGGAUACUUUCCAUGGCCUUUUCAAGUCCACACUGGUGUGCCCUGACUGUGGCAAUGUAUCUGUGACCUUCGACCCCUUCUGCUACCUCAGUGUCCCACUGCCUGUUAGCCACAAGAGGGUCAUGGAGGUCUUCUUUGUCUCUAUGGACCCUCGCCGCAAGCCAGAGCAGCACCGACUCGUGGUCCCCAAGAAAGGCAAGAUCUCAGAUUUGUGUGUGGCCCUGGCCAAACACACUGGUGUCUCACCAGAAAGGAUGAUGGUGGCUGAUGUCUUCAGUCACCGCUUCUAUAAGAUCUAUCAGCUGGAGGAGUCUCUGAGCAGCAUCUUGGACCGAGAUGAUAUUUUCAUAUAUGAGGUGUCGGGCAGGUCUUCUAUCAGCGAGAACACCAGGGAGGAUGUGGUGCUCCCUAUCUACCUGCGGGAACGCACCCCAGCCCGGGACUACAACAACUCCUACUAUGGCCUGAUGCUCUUUGGACACCCACUUCUGGUGUCAGUGCCCCGGGACCGGCUCUCCUGGGAUGCCCUGUACCACAUCCUGCUGUACCGCCUCUCACGUUAUGUGACCAGACCCAGCUCGGACGAUGAGGAUGAUGGCGAUGAGAAAGCAGAUAUGGAGGGUAAGAACAGCAUCCCCAAGCCUGGAAACAUGGCUGGGGGCAGCUCCCACAAUCCUGGGCCGGAGCAGGCUGGGCCAAGCUCUGGAGUUGCUGGCGGGAGCCGAGCCCCUAUGAACAACUCUCCUGGACCAUCUCACUGGCCCCAGAGAGCACGGCGCAAGCACCUGUUCACCCUGCAGACAGUGAACUCCAACGGGACCAGUGACCGCUCGAACUUUAACGAGGAUACUCAUGGUGUUUCCUUCAGCUCCCAGCCGUACAUUGCCAUCGACUGGGAGCCAGAGAUGAAGAAGCGUUACUAUGACGAGGUAGAGGCUGAGGGCUAUGUCAAGCAUGACUGCGUUGGGUACGUGCUGAAGAAAGCUCCGGUGAGGCUGCAGGAGUGCAUUGAGCUCUUCACCACCGUGGAGACCCUGGAGAAGGAAAACCCCUGGUACUGCCCCUCCUGUAAGCAGCACCAGCUGGCCACCAAGAAGCUGGACCUGUGGACACUGCCUGAGACUCUGAUCAUCCACCUGAAGCGCUUUUCUUACACCAAGUUCUCCCGAGAGAAGCUGGACACCCUUGUGGAGUUUCCUAUUCGGGACCUGGACUUCUCUGAGUUUGUAAUCAAGCCACAGAAUGAUUCAGCCCCGGAGCUGUACAAAUAUGAUCUCAUUGCGGUGUCCAACCAUUAUGGGGGCCUGCGUGAUGGACACUACACAACAUUUGCCUGCAACAAGGACAGUGGACAGUGGCACUACUUUGAUGACAGCAGUGUGUCGCCUGUGUCUGAGAAUCAGAUUGAGUCCAAGGCAGCCUAUGUCCUCUUUUACCAACGCCAGGAUGUGGUACGUCGUCUGCAAUCCAAGCCCCAGCCUGGCUCACCUGAUCCCCCAGCACCUCCUACCUGUGAUUCCCUGCCCAAAACUGAGUCCAUGGAUGUAAACUGAAGAGCUCUGGCCCUGUCUGUCACAAGAAAGGAAGCUAUUUCUGUUCUCUUCCUUCCUCUCUCUACUCCUGUCCUCUUAACCUGUGUUAGAUUCCCCGCGCCCCCCCCCCCCGCCCCGUGCCAGGUAUCACAGGCUUAGUUGUGGCUACUGUUCUCUUGUGCUGCCAUAUUGCUCUUUCCUGGGGAAGAAGUUGUGUCUCCUCUCGGCAGUGUGUCCCUGCCUCUGUUUGCCCCGUAGAGCAUUAACCUUCCCUUCUAUCCUCUAUUUAUGGUUGUGCCCUUUCCUCUGUCCUCAGCCUGUGUUGUUCUGAGGGGGUGGUGGUUGGGUACACCUGAACAGAGUGUAUUUUCUUAUUGAGACCCUGUACCUUUCGCUGUGUAUAUAUAAAGUACCAGUGUGUUC